UGAUGUUCAUCAUGGUGUUGGUGACGAUCGUGGUGUUGAACUGUGUGGUCGUCCUCAACCUGCACUUCCGGACGCCGAGCACACACGUCAUGUCUGAGUGGACCAAGAAGUUCUUCCUCGAGCGGCUGCCUCGCAUCCUGCGUAUGUCCCGCCCCUCGGAGGAGGAGCCACACUGGGAUGCAGCGUUGCCACGGCGAUCCAGCUCGGUGGGCUACAUCGCCUCGGCGGAGGAGUACUACAGCAUCAAGUCCCGCAGCGAGCUGAUGUUCGAGAAACAGUCGGAGAGGCACGGACUGACGGCACGAGCCACACACGCA